AUGUCAACUACUAGUAUUAAACCAUCUCGCACUACUCAUUCAUCAUUAUCAUCAUCAUCAAAAUUAUCUGAAGAAUCUACAUUUGAUAUUGAUUAUUGGUCACGUUCAUUUCUUGCACUUGUUUAUCCAGUUUCAUUUACUGUUAUUAUAUCGGCUUGUUUAUCAAUAUUUCUUUAUGAUCUUUAUACACAAUCAAAUGUAUUUGAAGAUGCUGGUCUUAUAUUAUCAUCAAAAGGACCAAAUGCAGCAUCAAUAUCAAAAAUAACAUGGGAAUCAUUUAAAAUAGCAUUAAUUAUAAUAAGUAUAAUUGCAUUAGCAACAUGUCUUCUUGUUAUAUUUGUUUAUUAUGGUUGUAUGAAAUUUUUAUAUAUUUAUUUAUUUAUAACUGUUAUAUGUGUUUUUUCUCUUUUAAAUAUUUCUAUAUUAUCAAUGAUAAUUGCACAAUUUAAUUCAUCAAUUGAUUGGUUAACAAUUUUAUUUUUUAUUUAUAAUAUAUUAACAAUUGCUAUAUUAUCUAUGUUUUGGUUAUCACCAAAUAAAAUUAAACAAAUUAUAACAAUUUAUCAAUGUAUUAUUAUGAUAUUAUAUGUACUUAAAAUAGCACCAGAAUGGAUUACAUGGGUACUUUUACCAUUACUUGCUAUAUGGGAUAUGAUUGCUGUUUUACUUCCAUUUGGUCCACUUUAUUUAUUAAUUAAUUUAUUUCAAAAACGUAAACUUCAAGUACCAUCAACAAUGGUAUAUACAACUGGUUUGUGGUUUCAAAAUCAAAAUAUGAAUAAAUUAAUAAGAAAAAAAUCUAUUCUAUUAAUUGAACAAUCCUCAAGUUUAAAUUUAAUUUUUCUAUCAAAUAAUACAUAUAAUUAUUUAUAUAAACAAGAAAAUAAUUUUAAUAUAAAUUCUUCAUCAACAGAUAAACAAAUAUUGAAAAAACGUUCAACACGUAAAUCAAUGUUAGGUUUAGGAGAUUUUAUAUUUUAUUCAAUUCUUCUAGCUAAAACUGUUUUUACAUCGGAAUGUAAUUUAUUUGCUAUUAUUAUUGUUUAUUUAUGUAUUAUAAUGGGUAUGCUUAUGACAACAAUUAUUCUUAUUAUACUACAUCGACCAUUACCGGCUUUACCUAUUUCAUUAUUAAUUGGUUUAGCUGUAUUUUUUUAUUAUAAUCAUAUUGGAAAUCAAUAUGCUGAUGUUCUUCGUUUACCAACGGGACCAAUUAUUAUAUAA